AUGCUGUCGAGACAGGUUAUCACAGCCCUUCGCAAUGUUAAAGUAAGUUCUUUUUUAAUACAAGCUGUUGAGCGGGAUAGUUUUGAUGCAUUUUACCUAUUUUUGAUCUUAUCGAAAGAUUAUCCAUUUAUCUUUGUUCUAGGUGCCACAAUGCACGUUCUCCACUUCCUCUCGGGUUUCUGCCGCAGGAGCUGAAGUCUCCAAGAUCUUAGAGGACAAAAUCCUUGGCCAAGAAGCCAACAUCAACCUCGAGGAGACGGGAAAAGUUCUUUCCAUUGGUGACGGUAUUGCCCGUGUCUAUGGGUUGAAGAACAUCCAAGCCGAAGAGAUGGUGGAAUUCGAUUCCGGCAUGAAGGUACAAAAUUUCGAGUCUUUAUACAUUUUUUUGUUUUUAGGGUAUGGCUCUUAACUUGGAACCUGACAAUGUUGGUGUUGUCGUCUUUGGUAACGAUAAGGUUAUCCGUGAAGGAGAUGUCGUCAAGAGAACUGGAUCUAUCGUCGAUGUUGCUGUAGGACAAGGACUUCUUGGCCGUGUCGUCGAUGCUUUGGGGAACCCGAUCGAUGGAAAAGGCCCCGUUAAGGAUACAAAGCGUUCACGUGUCGAAGUCAAGGCUCCAGGUAUCAUCCCCCGUAUUGGCGUCCGUGAACCUAUGUUAACUGGUGUCAAGGCCGUCGAUUCCCUUGUCCCAAUUGGUCGUGGUCAGCGUGAAUUGAUCAUUGGUGACCGUCAGACAGGGUACGUUCAUCGAUCUGUAUGGCCAUUUUUGUUUUUGUUUUUUUAGUAAAACGGCUAUUGCCAUUGAUACCAUCAUCAAUCAAAAGAGAUUCAACGAAGCUGGUGAAGACAAGAAGAAGCUGUAUUGUAUCUACGUUGCCAUUGGCCAAAAGCGAUCAACUGUUGCUCAAAUCGUAAAGCGUUUGACUGAUGCCGACGCCAUGAAAUACACCAUUAUUGUCUCGGCUACGGCCUCUGAUGCUGCUCCUUUGCAAUUCUUGGCUCCAUACUCUGGAUGCGCUAUGGGAGAAUACUUCCGCGACAAUGGAAAGCACGCCCUGAUUAUCUACGACGAUUUGUCCAAACAGGCCGUCGCCUACCGUCAGAUGUCUCUGCUUCUCCGUCGUCCCCCAGGUCGUGAAGCCUACCCCGGUGAUGUCUUCUAUCUCCAUUCUCGUCUUCUCGAACGUGCCGCUAAGAUGAACGAGACGCAUGGAGGUGGUUCUUUGACAGCUCUUCCUGUCAUCGAGACUCAAGCUGGUGAUGUGUCCGCAUAUAUCCCAACCAAUGUAAUCUCCAUCACCGACGGUCAAAUCUUCUUGGAAACUGAAUUGUUCUACAAGGGUGUCCGUCCAGCCAUCAACGUCGGUCUUUCUGUAUCUCGUGUAGGAUCUGCAGCCCAGACAAAGGCCAUGAAACAAGUAAGAAAAAAGACAGCUUGGUUUUAUUUUACUUUAGGUUGCCGGUUCCAUGAAGCUCGAAUUGGCCCAAUAUCGUGAGGUGGCUGCUUUUGCCCAGUUCGGUUCUGAUUUGGAUGCUGCCACCCAGCAACUUCUCAACCGUGGUGUCCGUCUUACCGAGUUGCUGAAACAAGGCCAAUACGUGCCCAUGGCCAUUGAAGAGCAAGUCACUGUCAUCUACGCUGGUGUAAAGGGACAUCUUGACAAACUGGACCCAUCUCAGAUUACCAGAUUCGAAAAGGAAUUCUUGACUCAUGUCCGCGCUAACUGCCAAGAUUUGUUGAAGACAAUCAGAGAAGAAGGUCAGAUCACUCCUCAAACCGACGAGAAAUUGAAGACUUUGGUCACUUCUUUCCUCGCUGGUUUCAAAGCUUAG